AUCCUCUCAAUUAAUGCCUGAAACUGCGCAUUAUCCAAUACUUUGGCGCUAACAGGCCAUUCACAAAUAGUCGCUCGUUCGAUUCGCGCACGGGCAUGACGAACGUGGAGCAUGCAGUUUAGCAGACUCACGGCCGCGCCGACAACGCACGCUGCGGCCGCUCGCAUGUCCGGGGAUGACCGACAUGACGAUGCUAUCGCUGCCCGAUCAAACGCCCAGCGAUUCAGCGAUCAUCAGCGAUCUGCGAUAGGCAUCAUAAUGUCAAUCGUAUCCCGAGAUGCUGGGCCUCAAUGCGGGGGCGCCCCUUCAGCCUCUCCGCAUUACGCCUUGAGGCUGCCCGUGCCCCGCAAACUGUUCUGAUCAUUACAUGCAUACGCCUAGUGUCUCCUCAGUACCCCGCCUUUCCGAAUGUGAGGUUUGAUCUCGCUCGGCGACGCGGGGGCCAAUAUGUGCCUGCGGCGUCCCCUCACGCACACAUAAGCGGCAGUACGACGCUACAAGCAAUCGCCCUCAGCAAUGGCCUGGUACGCCGCGCCGCACGCCCGCGUGAACGGGAGGGCACGCAGAGGCACAUUCGCCAAAGUUUACCCAUGAGCGAGGCGCAAAGCGCAGAGAAACCUGUCCGUGCCAUGCUGUAUAGGUCGCGAUCGAGUCGGGCAGGAUGCGGGCCCACUCCCCGAUUUCCGCAACGUGCAUUAUGUGCAACUGCGGUCCCAAGUCACACUGUCCAGCAGAUAGAAGGCCGCGAGUGCGAUCGGAGCACCGAGCCAAACUUCAUCGACACCCCUUGGCGGGUAUUCGCGUAUGGUAAAGUUCCAGCGUUGGGGCCCUAAUUGUGCGGUGAAGAGCUCUGCUGGUUGUCGUGGACAUGGCU